AUGUGCAGGAUGAGCACGAUUGAAAAUGAACCUUUCACAGUCCUUGAGGAAAUCCCGUUAGAACUCCACAUGUGGUGGAACGAUUUAGGAGAAGUCAGCAGAGACACUGUGAUAAAAGCUUUGGGCGGUCUUGUUGGUCUUCUGAAGAUUAAGCCUAGGACGGAAAUAAUUGAGGCUUUGAUACCUUUUUGGGACCCAACACAUAAUGUAUUCCAUUUUGCUGAUUUUGUGCUAACCCCUAUGCUUGAGAAAAUGGCGGGCUACGCUGGUUUUGGUGGGAAUCUCAGAAAUCAAUACCCACUGGCACCUAGAGCGGUGACUCCUCAUAAGUUUCUGGAUCUUUUAAGCAUCAGUCGGGAAGUUAGAGACGGUAAUUUGGCUAAAGGGUUCUGCACAUUCUACUUCUUGUACCGACGUUACGGGUAUCCCCACGGUUUCGAAAUCCCAGAUACCGGUCUAACUCAUUUGGGGAACAAAGAUAAAUGGGAAGCUCGGCGGGGACUGGCUUUCAUAGUGGCAUUCCUGGGUGUCUUAAUUUUCCCAAGAAAGGAUGGAAACAUAGAGUUGGGGCUUGUGGGAAUAGCCGACUUCAUGACUAAAAAGGCUAAUGGCACCAUUGUACCGAUGAUCUUAGCGGAGAUUUACCGAGCUCUAACUGUUUGCCGAGGAGGAGGAAAGUUCUUCGAGGGGUGCAAUAUGCUUCUACAACUCUGGAUGGAGGAACACCUCUGCCACCGUCCGGGGUACAUGAACUGCGGUAUGACUGGUCCUAAAUGCAUUGAAAAACAUGAAGAUCGGGUGAAGGGCCACGAGUUUCCGGAAGGUACGAAAGAAUGGUUCACACUUUUGAGCUCCCUGACUACAAGCCAAAUUGAGUGGACAUUCGGGUGGCUCUCGGUCAGUGAAGUCAUAUACAUGUCGGCCGAAGUAUGUUUUCUUCUAUUGAUGGGUCUCCGGAGCAUUCAACCUUAUGCCCCACACAGGGUUCUACGCCAGCUAGGCAGGUACCAGACUAUUCCGCAUGACGAGGAUUUGAUUCGGCAGGUCAUCGAACUGGGACCAAAAGUUGUUUUCCCGGAAGAAAAGGUGCGUCGAAUUUGGCAUCAAUGUAGGUUCCUAGAGCCAAAGACUCAGGUACGGGAUCUGUCCAAAGGCGAGUUAGAGCCUAGUUACACAACUUGGUACGAUAAAAGGUCUCAAGUCCAUCAAGAGCCCGAGCGGCCCGCCAAAAGGCCCCAUGUCCAACAAUUCACUGAUGGGGUACAGGAGCAAUGGGAUUGGUUGGCAAAAGAGGCAAGCUACAGAGCCACAAUAAGCAAAUUGGAAGGGCAAAUCCGGGAUCUUAAAUUUGACAAAAGUGUACAGGCCGCUGCUGACGAAGGGGAGAAGAAGAAAUUGGCCCAAGAAAACAAGGCCCUUCGAGCCCAGAUCCAAAAAAUGAAGAUAGCUGCUAAGAAUCAGGAAAGGAGCCGAAAGGAUGAAAGACUCAUAAAUGGUCUUAGGAAGAAAAUAGCUGAAUGCGAGGAUGAUUUGGAAAAAUCCGAGGGUAAUCUGGCAAGAGCUCGAGCAUAG